CGAACUGUUAAAAACCCAACAAUUUGGUAAAAAAGACGUGCAUGCUAAUUAUUCUGUUACAUCAUUAGCAGAAAACGCUGUACAUUGAUUAUCAAACUAUAGAUGAUUAGGUUGCUAAAAUGAGAAAAAGGGGACAUGGUGUAUGGGCGCAGUAGGGCAGUGGUUGGGUGCUGAUUCUUCCUUGCUAUUUGGAUUUCCUCCGUCACAGAUAUUUAUUAGUUUGCGAACUCUUUCCACGAUAUUUUUAUGCAAUUAACUAACUCGAGGUUAACUAACUUCUCAUCAAGUCAACUACAUAGUCUCUGCUACCACUGCUGUGUUUUAUUAGUAAAAGAGGAUUCUAUAACGAUAGAGCAGGGAUUUCCUUUACUACAUGAUCAGAACAACAGUUGAGCAGGACAUUUUGAAUUUCUGAGUAUUCUCAUCUAAUUUAUUGUGUUACUCUCGGGAUUUUAUCUGUUGCAGAAUACGAGUUAUCCUGAACUAAGUAAGCUGUAUUCAUAACUUAAGACGACCAGGGUGAGACAUUCCAUCGGAAUAUUAUUCAAAAAUGGAAGGCAACAAAGAUGAGGCAGAGAGAUGCAUUGACUACGCUCAACAAGCCUUCAAUUACGGUGACAGAGCAAAAGCUGAAAAGUUUUUAAAGAAAGCAGAAAAAUUAUACCCCACACAAAAGGCGAAAGAUUUAUUGACGCUGUUGAACAAGUUGGAGGAAACAAAUGCUUCGACUAAUUCAAGUUCGGAUGAUGUGAGAAAUAGAAGAGGUUCGAGUGCAUCAACUCCAAAAUCUCCCCGAAAAGAAUCUUCAGCGGGUGGUGAUGCUAGUUCCUCCAGUAAAUCCAGUGGACCUGAGUACACCCAAGAGCAACUAGCGGCUGUGAAAAAAAUUAAAGGAGCAAAAGACUACUACGAAAUCCUCGGGGUGUCUAAAGAAGCCACGGACACGGACUUGAAAAAGGCGUAUAGAAAAUUAGCUCUACAAUUUCACCCAGAUAAAAAUAAGGCGCCAGGUGCUACAGAAGCGUUUAAAGGUAUCGGCAAUGCCUUUGCGAUUUUGAGUGAUGCAGAAAAACGAAAACAGUAUGAUCUAUACGGCGGUGAGGGGACUUCUCAGUCCCCAUCUACUUCGCAUAGACAUUCUUCUGCUAACCAGUAUGAAUAUGGCUAUAGUCGUGGCUUUGAGAGUGACAUGACUGCUGAAGAACUUUUCAACAUGUUCUUUGGUGGUGGAUUUCCUUCGCAGUCUGUAUAUACGCAAAAUAAUCGUCGCCGAACUCGAUUCUACUAUGCAAACUCUGGUCAUAACCAAGAAAACGCUAACCAAGGGGAGGCCAACAAUGUGACGGUUGCUCUACAAGUAUUACCGAUUCUAUUCUUCAUUCUUGUUACUCUGGUCUCGUCGUUUUUCGUCCAGGACCCUGCCUACUCACUAACUCGAACGCAAAAAUAUAAUGUAAAACGAGCGACUGGAGAACUGGAAGUGCCAUACUAUGUCAAGGAAACAUUUGUUGCUGAUUUUCAAGGCAAUUUAAAACGACUAGAGGCUGGCAUAGAAGAGGAAUAUAUCUCCAACCUUCGUAAUGAAUGUUUCAAACAGCGAAACUACAAGGAGCACUUAGUAUGGAGAGCUAAAAACUUUGGGGAUGAGAACAUGCUAAAUCAGGCACGAGAUAUGCAGUUAUCGUCUUGCGAUGCCCUCCACGGUCUUAGACAAAAAAAUAGAAUAUACGGUUAAUUUAUAUUGUUUAUAACCUGCACAUCAAAAGUAAAAUAAGGCAAUUACUCGAACAGUGUGUAAUUAUCUCGGAUUUUAUAUAUCUUCUUGUGAAAAUUUUUACUGUAUUCAAUGCGUUUCUGUCAAUCCGUAUUUUCGUGCUGCUCCAUGCGGGCGGGUGAGUGGGUGGUAGCUCCGAAAGGAUUGCCUAAUUUUGUUUACAGGGACACACUUUUUGUCGUAGUCCUUCUAGUCUUAAUGUCUAGUAAGAUGAUGCGUAUGUGUAUAAAUACGAGCGAAUUAAUCUUAUGGUUUUACUUUAUAUUAAAAAAUUUUACCCUCUUCAUUUUCAUCAAUAGCAAACACGUUGCAAAUACUCUUGCGAUAUAUCGUAAGUAUAAGUCAUUUCAUUUGUAAUUUGUUUGAACUAUGUAUGAAUCAGUCUCUGGUGAAAAUGAUGUCAAAAUAUAUGUUCAUAAUUAAAAUACAUAUAUACGACGCAAUUCCGCAAGUUUUUUGAGUUCCCGUCCACGCCACCCCCUCACUCGGAUCCCUACACAUUUCCGCCAUGUAGUAUGUAGCCGAAGAGACGAAACAACCUUUCGUAAAUAUGUUAUACAUUAUACACCCCAUGAAAAAUGAACCCAUUACAAUGUAAUAAGGAUAUGAACUGAUUUAUGGAUUUGUGUUGUAAGAACCUAUCUUAUCGCAUAGUAAUAAUAUAAUGUAAUUCAAUAAGUUAUUCAAAUGUACAUAUAUUUGCCCUUGCUUAUUCUUCUUCCAAUGGAUAUAUUAUCUACCGUUAAAGGAAUUCAAUAAACCCUUUGUUUUCGCUA